AUGAAAGCAUUCACUUCAAUCAUCAUCCUCAUCGUAGCUGCAUCAAUGACUCUUGCAAUUGACCCAGCAGAGAAGAAAGCUCAAAUGAUGCAAAUUUAUAGUGAUUGUAAAGCCUCAACUAACGCUAAAGACGAUGACAUCCCAAAGGUUAUGCUGGAUGCUAAACCAACGACUCAUGAAGGCAAAUGUAUGUUCUCGUGUGUCAUGGAUAAAAUGGGAAUUAUCACCAACGGCAAACUUAAUCAAUCAGGUAUGCUUGCAUGGGCUGAAUCAAUGAGUGCUUCAACAUCCAUAGUUGAUACAGUCAUGACUGAAUGUGGUGGCUUAUCAGACCCAGAUCCUUGUGAAUCUGCAACAACCAUUGGCCUUUGCUUUAGAAAUAUUUGCAAGAAUUCUGGAAUGGACAUGGAUUGGUAA